AUGGCGUCCCUCUGUCCUGAUCAGCCUGAGAGUGAUGUUAGAACAGAGAGUGGGAAUGGAGCUAAUAUUGUGGAUCAAUUCCAGUUCGCACAAUUUAUCCAAAAAACCAUGUUGAAACUGUUGGCUUUUGCCGAUGUCAUAGAUACUUUGGAUGCUAAGCAGAUCACUUUAGAAGAACAAGAUCUUAGGAAUUGGAUGGUGCCGCGACAGCAGUACGAUCACCUCCAUACCCUGCUUUCUGUGCACGGUGCUCUGUCCAGUGCCUUGGACAAGAUCCGGUUGUCAUUCCCUUCGCCAAGCUCUGCACAAGUUGAAAGGAUACAAGGUGAGAUAGUCAGCCUGUUGUCAUCAGAGGAGGCCAAGGUGGCUGAGGCCAUAUGGAGCACAAUGCAGCAAAUCAGGACAGAGUCAAUAGAGGAUGACGACGGCUCGUUUACUUCUCUAAAUCCACAAGAAUCAUCAAACAUUCACAAGACUACUCAAUCCGUAGUUACGUACAUCAGGAUCUUGCAGUGUCAUUGCCGGCAUGUGGCUGCAAUUGUCUCUGAAGCAACUAAACCUGGUAAGUAUGUGCCUCAGAUUGGAAACUUACAACCGUUAAACAGCAUGAUCAUAGAGAUGGUUUCUCGUCUGCAAGAAAAGCUUGCCAACAUAUCAGAAUCCUAUUCAGAUCAAUGCCUCAGAUUCUUAUUCUUGCUGAACAACUCAUACUUGAUCAUAAAGCAGAAGCUCCACUAUGAGUCUGAUUCGUCUCUUCAAGUCCACGUGGCAGCUCUCGUUAGCAAAGUUGAGAUGUACAUGGAGAGUUAUCUACAAUUAUCUUGGGACCCGGUGUUAUCCUGCUUGCUCAAUCCUACACCUCUGUGCUAUGGGAGGUCUUCCCCGCUGACCAAGUUUGAGUCUGCAUUUCAGAAAACCUACUCUAGACAAAAGCUGUGGAAGGUCCCAGAUCCUGAGCUGAGAAAGAGGCUGCGCAAAGCUAUCACUAAUAAAAUCAUCUAUGGCUACACAAGAUACAUAGAUGACAACAAUAUUACCACCCCAAAAUUCACAACCCAGGAGCUGCAAGAGUUGUUUGAAGGAUGA